UCUAAGACGAAUCAAUCAACCAACUACAUGUAAUCGACGACUUUAGACGCAACGAGCUCAGGGUUCUUGCCUCUCGAUUUCGACAGAAAACAAUAGAGAAAUUAUUGAAGAAGACAUUGCAGCAUUCGGGGAAUAGCCUGCUGUGCUAUACAUUCAGCACCUACCGCCUAAAAUGGCAACGUCCAGCCACCACCACUAUGACAGUCCCCAGAUCGAAGACGACGACCUGAUCGAUCCCGACGACGCGGACCUCAACGACUUCGACGACCCCCUCUCCAACGCACAGUCCCAGCGCGAGCCUCUCACCGGCAACAUCGCCUCGUCGUCGUCGUCCCGCGCCCCCAACAACGAGUCCUUCCUCUCGUCGCGCAUGAUCCCCGGCGAAGACCGGCGCGCGCCGCAGAACACCAUCGACGAGUCGGUGUGGGACACGCUGCGCCGCGACCUGCUGGCCGUGUGGUCCAAGAUGCGCGAGGUGCUGUACCCGCGGUACCUGUUCGGCGGCACCAUGUUCGAGAGCGCCGACGGCCUGCGCGGCGCGUACGCGAACCUGCGCGGCGCCGGGCUGGCCGGCGCCCGCGACGAGCUGACCAGCCUGGCCGGCAGGGUCUUGGAUCCGGAGAGCCUGCUCAGCCAGAAUAGCAUGAGCCCCGGGCUGCGCGACUGGGACCUCUGGGGCCCGUUGGUGUUCUGUCUGGUGCUGUCGGCGCUGCUGAGUUAUUGCUCGGCCGAGGGGCAGAAGGAUGUGGUGUUUAGUGGGGUUUUUGCGAUUGUGUGGAUUGGCGAGGCGGUGGUUACGUUGCAGAUUAAGUUGUUGGGGGGGAAUAUCUCCUUCGCGCAGAGCGUGUGCAUCAUCGGAUACACCCUGUUCCCGCUGGUCCUCGCCUCCCUCAUGUCGGCCCUCGGCCUGCCCAUGAUCCCUCGAAUCCCCGUCUACCUCGUCUUGGUGGCCUGGUCGAUGGCCGCGGGCAUUAGUAUCCUGGGCGGGAGCGGCGUCGUUAAGAACCGCGUCGGAAUCGCUGUUUACCCCCUAUUCGUGUUCUACGUCGGGCUGGGAUGCCUUUGUUUCAUCAGCUAGACGCCGUGCGUGUAAUAGAAACGGGAUAGGCCGGUUAAGCCAGGAAGCCAGGAAGCCAGGAAGUCAGGAAGUCGGUUAUGAUGUGGAUUUGCAUGGGUUGGCGUGCGGUAUUUUACAAGGAUUCUAUAUCUUUUUUUUUUCCCUCUUCGAAUAUCGUGCCUGCUUCCUUGUAUUCUAGGUCUCGUGGU